AUGAAUUAAAUUUUAGAAUAAAAUUAAAAAAAUUGUAAAACAGAUUAUAUUUAGAAAAAUAAAGAUAUCUUAGUAUAAUAAGAAUAGUAAUUAUAAAUAGAAAACACUACAUAUCUUAUAAACAACCAAAAUUAAAAUAUUGAUUAAAUACAUUAGUAAUAAUAUGAUCAAUAAUAAAAUUAAUAAAAAUAACAAAAUUAAUAACAAUAAUAACCCGAGAACAAAUAAGCUGAAAUUAAAAAAUACUGCAAUAAAUAUGAUGACCUUGAGAAAUAUAAUUAAAUAAUUUAAAAAUAAUUUUAAAAAUUCAUUCUUGUAUGCGGAGGUGUAGCUUCAGGAAUAGGUACAGGGAUGAUUAUUGGUGCUUUAGGAAGUCUUUUAAAAAAUAGUGGUUAUAAAGUAUCUCUUAUAAAAGUAGAUCCUUAUUUAAAUAAAGAUGCAAGUUUUUUUUCUUCAUCAGAAUAAGGAGAAAUAUAUGUUUUAGAUGAUGGUGGUGAAGUAGAUACAGAUUUUGGAAAUUAUGAACGUUUUAUUGAUAUAAAUUUUUAAAAAAGUCAUAGCAUAACAUCAGGAAAAAUAUAUUCUAACGUUAUAGAAAAAGAAAGAGAAGGAUAUUAUUUAGGUUCAACAGUCUAAUUUAUACCUCAUGUAGUUGAUGAAAUAAAAUAAUAAAUUUUCAAAACAAGCCUUAUCCCUAUGGACGGAAGCACAGAUUAACCUGAAAUAGUAUUAUUAGAAUUAGGAGGAACAGUAGGAGAUUUUGAAUCAAUAUUUUUUUUCGAAUCAAUUAGAUAAUUAUAAUUAGAUUAUGGAAAAUAAAAUAUAUGUGUUAUUUUAGUAAGUUAUGUUCCUUAGUUUAAUUAGAUUGAAUUUAAAACUAAACCAACUUAAAAUGCCAUAAAAGUAUUUUUAAAAAUAGUAUAUAAAUAUAAUUAUUUUCAAAAGGGCCUUAAUUAUGCAGGUUUAAAUCCUGAUAUUAUUAUAUUAAGAUCGUCAGAAGCUAUAUGUUCAGCUAAUAGAUAAAAAAUAGCAAAAUUUGCAAAUAUAAGAAGCUAUUAAGUAUUAAAUAUACCAGAUUAUGAAUAAAUAUUUGAAGUUCCAUUAAUUUUACAUGAAUAAGUUGUAACAAAUAUUAUACAAUAAAGAUUAUAAUUGCCAGUGAAACCUGCAUCAACGAGUUUUCAUAAAAUAAUGACUAGAUAUUGCAAUGAUAUUAUAAAUACUCCUCAAACAUAGACUGUUAAAAUAGGUUUUAUUGGAGAAUAUGUAAAAUAUAAUACAGAACCAUAUUUUUCAGUAAAAAAAGCACUUGAAGGAGCAAGUUAUAAAAUAUGUUGCAAAAUAGAAAUUAUAUAAAUUGAUCCUUAAUUUUUAUAGGGAUAUCAAUAAGUAAAGAAAUUAAUAUUAAUUAAAUUUAUAAUAAAAAAUACAUAAGGUAUUUAUUUAGCAGAUGGAAACGGAUAUACUGCUUUUGAAGGAGCCAUUAUUGCUGCAAAUUAUGCAAGAGAAAAUAACAUACCUUGUUUUGGGGUGUAAUUUGGCUUUUAAGUCAUGGCUAUUGAGUUUGCUAGAAAUGUUCUAUAAAUAUCAGAUGCUAAUUCUUAAGUGUUUGAAGAUACUAUAUAAUCUGAAAAUUUCAUUUUUAAUAUAUUAGAAAAAAUAAUAAAAUUAGAAAAUAAAGAGAUGUAAGAUAAUGAAGAUAGUCAGUAAACACUUGUACUUGGUUCUAGAAUAACUAUAAUAAGUGAUACUAAUUCAUUAACUUAUAAAAUAUAUGGAAAGCAAGAAAUAUAAGAAAGACACAAAGACAGAAUAAUUUUCAAUACGAAAUACUUAGAAUUAUUCGAAAAUAAUAAUUUUAAAUUUACAGGAAAAUAAUAAUUAGAUUAAUAUAAAGUUAAUAGACAUACAGUUAAUAUAUAAAUUAUUUAAUCUUUUAUUUAAAAAAAAAAAAAUCAAAAAAAGAUUCAAGAAUAUUAAAAUAAUAGAUUUCACAUAGGCACUUAAUUUUAUCCUGAAUAUGGAUAAUCCUAUUAUAAUCCUUCUAAAAUUUAUUGUGCAUUUUUAGAAGAAAUACUAGGAAAAUUAACAUAAAAUAUUGAAAAACAUAAAGUUUACUAAUUUUAGACUAUGGAAUAGAUCGAAGAAAAAUUAAAAUUGUUUGAAUUCUAAAAAAAUUUAGAAAAAAAAAUAAAAUAACUUAGGGAAGAACUUGUAAUAGAAAAAAAAUAAAAUGAAGAAAAUAUUACUUCAGGUAUCUUUUAUUUAUUAUAAUAUUUAUUCAUAUUAAUUUUAGAAUCUGCAAGUACAAUAGGUAGAUCCUUAUGCUAAAAUAAGAUUAAAUUAAAUGAUUUUAUUUAACAAAAAUCUUCUUAAAUUUUAAAUUGGGUAUAUUUAGGUUCAAAAUUAAAUGCAAAUGAUUUAAAAGUAUAUAAUUAAUAUUUAAUAUAUCUAAACUUAAAAAAAGGAAUUAAAAUUAAUUAAAAAUAUUAAAUACAUUUUAAAUUGUACUUAUGA